CGUUUGUUUUAAACAUCGGGGUGGUCUGGUACAAACUACUCUGAAGUUCUUCCUUUUGUAGUAUAAUAAUUACAUCUAUUCGCGUUGUUUCAACCCGUAUCUGAAUCCUAACAUGCCUAUAACAUAUACAUUUUUUUCGUCAUUCGGUUAAACAUUCAUUGACUGUAUUUCUGGGCUCGUGUGUUUUGAAGCCAGUCCUGUUGGUGGUGGUAAAGCACCACAAAGUUGUCGACCACCAAAGAUAGAAGAAGAAACGCGGAACUGUCAAACAGCAUAAUGACAAUACAUGCCUGUAACUCGAAAACUACUGUUCAGCUUCAGGUUUGAACCAAGUUGGAAUUAUUUUUUAUCCCGUUUGUGCCAGUUAACACGAUGGCGUCUGACAGACAUCACUGUUCGUGUUGCUCCCAUCCAGUCUCCUCUCCCAGUGUUUACCAGACGCUGAGUGAAAUGGAUUUUGAACGAGGUAUCUGGUCUGCUGCAAUGGAUGGGGACUUGGAAAGGGUCAAGUCCUUUGUCCAGAAGGACACAGACCCCAACCUGAGAGACUCAGCUGGAUACACAGCUCUGCACUAUGCAAGCCGCAGUGGUCAUCACACUGUAUGCAAGUUUCUUCUUGAGAAUGGUGCCUGUGCAUCUCCCCAGACACCAGGCGGUGCUACACCACUCCAUCGAUCAGCCUACUGCGGUCAUCUGGAUGUGGUCCGACUCCUGCUGCACCACAGAGCAGAUCCGACGCUCUGUGAUGACGAUGGCGCAUCCCCUUUACAUAAGGCUGCAGAACGGGGUCAUGAAGAGGUGUGUCGGCUGCUUCUGGAGCACUGUCCUGCACUGUGCAGCCAGGUGAAUAAGAGGCUCCAGCUACCCUUCCAGCUGGCACCACAGGGAGAUCUGCAGGAGCUCCUAAAACCACCCCGGUGAAAACAGACACACUGCAUCUGGGAAAUCUGGAGUUGCUAAGAACAGACAAAUCACAUGAUUUCAAAACACACUAGGUGAGAUCUCCUUAAGUGAGGAUUAAUCUCAUCUUGACCUGGAUUCACUACAUUUGGCUGCUUCUUUCCUCAGCUGAACAUGCGCUGAGAGUCUCUGAAUGACACUGUGAACUCUAGCUUCAAACCAUGAACAUCAUGUUUAUGAUUUCCAGUGUACUGUUUAUGGAAUAUUUACACCUCUCAAGCUAUAGAAACUUGUAAAAGCUGUUAAACAACACCAGUGUCCAACAUCAGGUAGUUGUCAAAUGACAGUAAUAAUAAUUCCGUUUAAAGCUGGGGUUGGCAGAAAUCUGGAAAAAGGCAAAGAAAGAAAAACGACAGAUUUUGAAAACACACCCUCGUCUUGCAGCUCCUUCUUCUCUGUCCUUUAUUUAAUCUUACUUCAUUGUAGAAUUGCACAGAGCUCAUCCUCUCAGCCCCUCUUUGCCCCGCCAUCUCUCUCUGUUUAUCAGACCACAAAUGAGAUAAGAAUUAGCUAGCAAGCCACCCCAUGGUCCCUCUGCCUCGCUCCCCGCUGCUCUGUGCUGCUUCCCCAGGAGGAGAGCGAGCAGCAGCUGGAGAGACCGACCUGUUGGUGGUUUUAGCGGCUUGAAUUUAACUAGCAUAAGCACCCCAGCGUGAGGUGUCACAGUGGGCUGGUGGCCAGCAGCAGUGCCAGGUCCAACCUGUGUAACAGCAGCAACAGAAAGUUUUUGCUAAUCCAGCAGGGAGUAGGGGCUGUCCGGUCCUCGGAAGCUGGGUUUUGCUGCUGGAUUUGGUUGCUGAGGCCGCUGACCGGGGGUUUAUCUCCAACUGGCGAGGUGGUCCAAAGUGGUGGGGAGUGCGACAGAGGACAUUCAAGACUCUAACUAAUGUUAGACACAUAAAUGUGAACUUGAAGCUUGAUUUUGUUUAUUGUCAGACUCUCUUUCUGAUUAGUGUCCCUUUUUUGAGUUGCUUUUCCAGUGUAGGUUGUUGGAUAUGCAGGAGUGGCAACUUUAUCUGCAAGAUUCUCCGCCACUGAAUCAAACUUUCAUCAGCUGAAGGGACGUUCACACGCAUCUGCAUUUGUAGAACAGCCAAUAGCAACACCAUGAUUCGCCAAAGUCUCCCGUCAUGAGCCAAAUUUUCAAAAGCCUGAAAACAGAGCCAAGGGGAGGUGCAGAAGUGUAGUUUUCUCUCAGACCACUUGAAUUAAAAUAUGCUCAGUUCAUUAUGAUAUUUUUACCAAAUGUUGCCAAAAUUAGAUUGUCUACCCCAGCUUUAAUUAGUCAAUGAUGGCAUUAACGACCUGUUUCUUCUUAUCGUUGACCAUUUAGAGAAAAAACAAAACAGACAUUUGUCUUUGUGUUGUGUUACAGCUAGUUACAGCUGAGGUAUUUAGUUUGGGUUUGACGGCUGAGUAGUGAUAAGGGAAACAGAUGUUAUUGUUCAGUGGGAAGAAUUACAUGAAAACCCUACCUCACCAUCUGAUGUUGCUGAAACCUUGGCAUUGAAGGUUUCAUUGUUGAAUUAGCCUGACAUGAAGUACAAGAGCAGAGCAGGCUUACAUGCUAGCUACCAACAGACAUAGUUUCUCUUUGAAAUGACUGCACUUAAACCCACUGUAUGUAGAACUUGAAAUGAAUUUGUUUAGUGCUCUGCAAACACCAGCAUUUGCUAUCACUGCAGCACUUGUCACUGUUUAUAUUGAACAUGUGGCAUGUUUGACAAAGCAGUUUGUAUUAAAACUGGAGGCCAA